CCGCCGAUCAUUUCUCCGCGCACCUGGAAAAACGCUUAAAACGCUUUUACACGCUCGCUUGCCUGUCCGCUCGGUUUGCUUCGCGCAAUUCUCCCCGGUUUUUCUUGAGGCGCACAAGAACAAUAAAGAGGAGGACGGACGCGCGAACAAAGGAGGAGUACAGGAUACAGUCGGAGCCAGUUUAGUACUCCGAGAAAGGCAAAAAAAAAAAACACAGAGAGAGAGAGAGAGGAUCAGGAGGACGGCGGCGCGAGCGUGUGCAGCCAGAGAGGCCGGCCGGCGCCCGAUCGACAAGCGCGACGCGUACGGCGCCGCCACCGGCCGGCCGGCCAUGAGCCGUGGCCGCGCCCGGCUUCAGCCACCACCACCUGGUACCAGAACCACCACCCUCGCCGCCGUGCUGGUCCUUGUCCUCCUGGCCGUCGUAGCGCUGCCACUGCGGUGCGAUGCGGCGUCGGCGGGAGGAGAGGAGGAGGAGGAGCAGCAGCCGCUAGACUACAGGGAGGCGCUGGAGAAGAGCCUGCUCUACUUCGAGGCGCAGCGGUCGGGGCGGCUGCCGUACAGCCAGCGGGUGACGUGGCGCGGCCACUCGGGCCUCACCGACGGCCUCCAGCAAGGCGUGGACCUCGUCGGCGGGUACUACGACGCCGGCGACCACGUCAAGUUCGGCCUCCCCAUGGCCUUCACCGUCACCAUGCUCUCCUGGGGCGCCAUCGACUUCGCCGCCGACAUCGCCGCCGCCGGCGAGUGGCGCCACGCCCUCGAGGCCAUCAAGUGGGGCACCGACUACUUCGUCAAGGCCCACACCCACCCCUUCGUCUACUGGGCCGAGGUGGGCGACGGCGACACGGACCACUACUGCUGGCAGCGGCCGGAGGACAUGACGACGUCGAGGCAGGCCUACCGCGUGGACAGGGACAACCCGGGGUCGGACCUCGCCGGCGAGACGGCGGCGGCGCUCGCGGCGGCGUCCAUCGUGUUCCGCCGCUCCGACCCGCACUACUCCCACCUCCUCCUCCACCACGCCCAGCAGCUGUUCGAGUUCGGGGACACCUACAGGGGCAGCUACGACAGCAGCAUCGAGGAGGUCCGGAGCUACUACGCGUCGGUCAGCGGCUACCACGACGAGCUCCUGUGGGCGGCGCUCUGGCUCCACCGCGCCACGGGCAAGGAGGAGUACCUCCGCUACGCCGUCGACAACGCCGACUCCUUCGGCGGCGUCGGCUGGGCCAUCACCGAGUUCAGCUGGGACGUCAAGUACGCCGGCCUCCAGGUCCUCGCCGCCAAGCUGCUGCUGGACGGCGACCCGCAGGCGGCGGCGCACCGCGGCGUGCUGGAGAAGUACAGGGAGAAGGCGGAGCACUACCUGUGCGCGUGCCUCGGCCGCAACAUCAACGGCGCCGACAACGUCGACCGGAGCCCCGGCGGGAUGCUCUACGUCCGCCAAUGGAACAACCUCCAGUACGCCUCCAGCGCCGCCUUCCUCCUCACCGCCUACUCCCACUACCUCUCCUCCUCCUCCGCCUCCGCCUCCGCGGCCCUCCGCUGCCCCGGCGGCGCGGCGGCGGCGGCGGAGAUGGUGUCGCUGGCGAGGUCGCAGGCGGACUACAUCCUGGGGCGGAACCCGCUGCGGCUGAGCUACAUGGUGGGGUACGGCCGCCGGUACCCCGCCCGGGUGCACCACCGCGGCGCCUCCAUCGUGUCCCACAAGGAGGACGGCCGCUUCAUCGGGUGCGUGCAGGGGUUCGACGACUGGUUCGGCCGCGGCCGCGCCAACCCCAACGUGCUCGCCGGCGCCAUCGUCGGCGGGCCCAGCCGCCGCGACGAGUUCCGCGACGACCGCGCCAACUACAUGCAGACCGAGGCCUGCACCUACAACACCGCCCCCAUGGUCGCCGUCUUCGCCAGGCUACACCGCCUCACCACCGCCAUCACCACGGCGGCCGCGGCGGAGGAUCCCGACGGCGGCUCGCCGGAUCGGAGGAGUGUAGAUAGAAGGUAGUGGUGGUGGUGGUGGUUUUAAUUUGGGCGGGAAAAAUUCUUUUUUCUUUUCUCGUAUACUUUGCCUUCUUUUCUGCUUAAAAACUUCACUAAAUUUUUUUGAAGUGUUAAUAUGAGAGAGAGAGAGGUAAAGAGAGGGGAUUUGAUUAUUAUUAUUAUUAUUAGUGAAAAAGAAACAAGAAAAAGAUAGUGGAUGGGUGUUAUAAUUAAGGAGGAGAUGAAGGUGAAAAUUAGUUACUUGUAUUUUUGAGGUUAGGUCUAAGAAGUCAGAACUGAACAAAAGAAAAAUUAAAAGGGCUGUAAUAUUUACUGGAGUUCUGGUAUAUAUUAUAUAGACCAUUACAUGUUGCCUGAUUGUACA